GGUCAAUCAUUCCCAUAAUGAUGUCACAAAAUAUGACGUCUUUCUCUGUUGACCCUGCAAUAUGUGGUGGUACCCCCGUGCAACAGAGUUGCUCACGUGGCACCUCCCUCAAGUCGAGGCUCCUUCAAGUCCUGCCUGAAGUUCGAGAGACAUUCGUCGACUUACUUUCCUUAUUUGUUGGUGUUCUUCUCUUUUAUAUUGAUUAAUUCAUCGUUUCUGCAGUAAAAUACGUCGAAGCAAAGUUUUUAUAACGAUCUAGUUUAUUUGUUUUGCCUGAUUUUUUGCUCAACAUCAUGGCACAAGUUUUACCAAUUAAAUUUCAGGAGCAUUUGCAGCUUCAAAAUAUUGGCAUCAAUGCAGCGAACAUAGGUUUCUCUACUCUUACCAUGGAGUCUGAUAAAUUUAUCUGUGUUCGUGAGAAGAUUGGUGAAACAGCACAAGUUGUCAUUAUUGACAUGGACAAUGCAAAUAAUCCAAUUCGCCGACCUAUCUCGGCAGAUUCUGCUAUAAUGAAUCCAAAAUCCAAAGUCAUUGCUUUAAAAGCUGGACGUACAUUGCAAAUUUUCAACAUUGAAAUGAAAAGUAAAAUGAAAGCUCACAACAUGACUGAAGAUGUUACUUUUUGGAAAUGGAUUAGUGUCAAUACUGUUGCUUUGGUUACAGAAACAGCUGUUUAUCAUUGGCCAAUGGAAGGUGAUUCGCAACCUCAGAAGAUGUUUGAUCGUCAUUCAAGUUUGGCAGGCUGUCAGAUUAUCAACUAUCGUACGGAUCAUGACCAGAAAUGGCUACUGCUCAUUGGCAUUCAGGCACAACAAAAUCGUGUUGUUGGAGCAAUGCAAUUAUAUUCUGUUGAAAGAAAAGUUAGUCAGCCAAUUGAAGGGCAUGCAGCUGCAUUCACACAGUUUAAGGUUGAAGGAAAUCCCCUUGAAUCAACAUUAUUUGCAUUUGCUGUUCGUGGCCCUCAAGGAGGCAAGUUACAUGUGAUUGAAGUGGGGUCACCACCAUCUGGAAACCAACCUUUUCAAAAGAAAGCAGUUGAAGUUUUCUUUCCUCCUGAAGCUCAAAAUGACUUCCCUGUUGCCAUGCAGGUUAGUCAAAAACAUGGUAUUGUAUAUCUCAUCACCAAAUAUGGUUAUGUUCAUCUUUAUGAUGUUGAAAGUGGUACAUGCAUUUACAUGAAUCGAAUCAGUGGUGACACCAUUUUCGUGACAACUCCUCAUGACCCAACAAGUGGUAUUAUUGGUGUUAAUAGAAAGGGACAGGUUCUUGCUGUUAGCGUUGAUGAGGAAAAUAUUGUAUCGUAUAUCACCAAUGUACUUCAAAAUCCUGACCUUGCAUUGCGCAUUGCCGUACGAAAUAACUUGGGAGGAGCAGAAGAGCUGUUUGUGAGGAAGUUCAAUAACAUGUUCAGUAACAUGCAAUAUGCAGAAGCUGCCAAAGUGGCUGCAAAUGCACCGAAGGGUAUCCUUAGAACCCCUCAAACCAUCCAGCGAUUUCAACAAGUACCAGCACAACAAGGACAAACAUCACCUUUGCUGCAAUAUUUUGGUAUCUUACUUGACCAAGGACAAUUAAAUAAGUAUGAGUCUCUUGAAUUGUGUAAACCAGUGUUACAACAGGGUCGUAAACAACUGCUUGAGAAAUGGCUGAAGGAAGAAAAGCUUGAAUGUAGUGAAGAACUCGGUGAUUUAGUUAAACAAGUUGAUCCAACUCUUGCAUUGUCUGUCUAUUUACGUGCAAAUGUUCCACAUAAAAUUAUUCAAUGUUUUGCGGAGACUGGACAGUAUCAAAAAAUCAUCAUUUAUGCAAAGAAAGUGAAUUUCACUCCCGAUUAUAUUUUUCUUUUGCGGAGUGUAAUGCGUGUGAACCCUGAGCAAGGAAGUACAUUUGCAAGCAUGUUAGUUCAAGAUGAAGGUGAACCUCUUGCUGAUCUCAGUCAGAUUGUCGAUGUAUUUAUGGAAACAAAUCAAGUUCAAGCUUGUACAUCAUUUCUCCUUGAUGCUUUGAAAAACAACCGUCCAAAUGAAGGUCACCUUCAAACACGUUUGCUGGAAAUGAAUUUACUCACUGCUCCUCAGGUUGCAGAUGCAAUCCUUGGAAAUCAAAUGUUCACUCAUUAUGACAAAGCUCACAUUGCUCAAUUGUGUGAAAAUGCAGGCCUUCUUCAACGGGCUUUGGAACAUUAUACAGACAUUUUUGACAUUAAAAGAGCCAUUGUACAUACUCAUCUUCUAAACCCUGAGUGGUUGGUAAAUUAUUUUGGCACUUUGUCUGUCGAGGACUCAAUGGAAUGUUUGAAAGCAAUGUUAACAAAUAACAUCAGACAAAAUCUUCAAAUUUGUGUUCAAGUAGCCACCAAAUACCAUGAACAAUUAGGAACAACACAACUUAUUGAAUUAUUUGAAUCAUUUAAAAGUUUUGAAGGUUUGUUUUAUUUUCUUGGAUCAAUUGUCAACUUUAGUCAAGAUGCAGAAGUACAUUUCAAGUAUAUUCAAGCUGCAUGUAAAACUGGACAAAUUAAAGAAGUUGAAAGAAUUUGUCGUGAAAGUAAUGUUUAUGAUCCAGAGCGAGUAAAGAAUUUCUUGAAAGAAGCCAAGCUUACAGAUCAAUUGCCUUUGAUUAUUGUUUGUGAUCGCUUUGACUUUGUUCACGAUCUUGUCCUUUAUCUUUACCGAAAUAAUCUACAGAAAUACAUUGAGAUUUAUGUCCAGAAGGUUAAUCCAUCUAGAGUUCCUGUUGUUGUUGGUGGUCUUUUGGAUGUUGAUUGUUCCGAGGACAUCAUUAAAAAUCUUAUACUUGUUGUACGAGGACAGUUCUCAACUGAUGAAUUAGUGGAGGAAGUUGAAAAACGAAACCGUUUGAAAUUGCUUUUGCCAUUGCUUGAAGCUCGUGUACAUGAAGGCUCAGAAGAACCAGCUACCCAUAAUGCACUUGCAAAGAUAUAUAUUGACUCAAAUAAUAAUCCCGAACGUUUUUGUAGAGAGAAUCCAUUCUAUGACAGCAAAGUCGUUGGUAAAUAUUGUGAAAAACGUGAUCCACAUCUCGCAUGUGUUGCAUAUGAACGUGGACAAUGUGACAUGGAACUAAUUAAUGUAUGCAACGAGAAUUCAUUAUUUAAAAGCGAAGCGCGUUAUCUUGUCAGACGUCGUGAUCCGGAUCUUUGGGCAAAUGUUCUUGUUGAAGACAAUCAAUAUCGUAGACAGCUUAUUGACCAAGUGGUACAGACUGCCCUUUCUGAGACUCAGGAUCCUGAGGAUGUGUCUUGCACGGUGAAAGCUUUUAUGACAGCUGAUCUACCAAAUGAACUUAUUGAACUGCUUGAGAAGAUUGUUCUUGAGAAUUCUGUCUUCAGUGAACAUAGGAAUCUUCAAAACUUGUUGAUUUUAACUGCUAUCAAGGCAGAUCGUACGAAAGUAAUGGAGUAUAUCACUCGACUUGAUAACUAUGAUGCUCCAGAUAUUGCAAGUAUUGCUAUUGGAAGUGAAUUAUACGAAGAAGCUUUUGCCAUUUUUAAGAAAUUUGAUGUCAACACUUCCGCUAUUCAGGUCCUUAUUGAGAACGUUCAAAAUCUUGAUCGUGCUUACGAAUUUGCUGAGCGCUGUAAUGAACCAGAUGUCUGGAGUCUUCUUGCUAAAGCUCAACUUGAGCAGAGUCUUGUAAAGGAGGCGAUUGAUUCGUUUAUAAAGGCUGACGAUCCUUCAGUUUAUACUGAAGUUGUCGCUAUUGCAAGAAAAGAAGACAAAUAUGAAGAUUUAGUGAAAUAUCUUCAAAUGGCGCGAAAGAAAGCUAGAGAAGGAUUUAUAGAAACAGAACUUGCAUUUGCUUUGGCAAAAACUAACAGAUUAGCUGAGUUAGAAGAAUUCAUUUCUGGACCAAAUCAUGCUCAAAUAAAAGAGGUCGGUGACCGAUGUUUUAAUGAUAAAAUGUAUGAAGCAGCAAAAAUUCUCUACAACAACAUAUCAAACUAUGGUUGUCUUGCCUCCACCUUGGUUCAUCUAGGGGAAUUUCAAGCUGCUGUGGACGGAGCAAGGAAAGCAAACAGUACGAGAACGUGGAAAGAGGUAUGUUUUGCAUGCGUGGAUAGUGAAGAGUUUCGUUUGGCUCAAAUGUGUGGUCUACAUAUCGUUGUCCACGCUGAUGAACUGGAAGAACUCAUCAAUUAUUACCAAAACCGUGGCCAUUUCCAAGAGCUAAUUCAACUCCUGGAGGCUGCAUUAGGACUGGAACGAGCUCAUAUGGGAAUGUUUACUGAGCUAGCUAUCCUUUACUCAAAGUAUAAACCAAUGAAAAUGAGGGAACAUCUUGAAUUGUUUUGGUCUCGAGUUAACAUUCCAAAGGUGUUCUGCGCUGCAGAGCAAGCUCAUUUGUGGGCAGAGCUAGUGUUCUUGUAUGAAAAAUAUGAAGAGUAUGACAACGCAAUUCUUACUAUGGUUGCUCAUCCUACUGUGGCUUGGAAAGAAGCUCAGUUUAAAGACAUCGUCACUAAAGUUGCCAAUAUAGAGUUGUACUAUAAAGCUCUUCAAUUCUAUCUCGACUACAAACCUCUCCUGCUCAACGAUCUACUCAUAGUCCUCACCCCUCGAAUGGAUCAUACCCGUGCUGUGACCUAUUUUCGUAAAAUCAAUCAUUUACCGCUGGUCAAACCGUAUCUUCGUUCCGUUCAAAAUCACAACAACAAAGUUGUUAAUGAGGCGUUAAAUGAUCUCUUGAUCGAUGAAGAAGAUUAUAAUGGUCUUCGUGCAUCCAUUGAUGCUUUCGAUAAUUUUGACAACAUCGCUUUAGCCCAGAGACUUGAUAAACACGAGUUAGUCGAGUUCAGAAGAAUUAGUGCUUAUUUAUACAAAGGAAACAAUAGAUGGCAGCAAUCUGUAGAGCUUUGCAAAAGAGAUAAACUUUAUAAGGAUGCGAUGAUCUAUUCAGCUGAGUCACGUGAUCCUGAAAUAGCAGAAAAUCUUCUUAAUUGGUUCUUAGAGAAUAAAAAUUAUGAAUGUUUUGCUGCGGCGUUAUUUACGUGUUAUGAUUUACUGCAUCCAGAUGUUGUCCUUGAAUUAGCGUGGAGAAAUAAUAUUUUGGACUUUGCCAUGCCUUACAUUAUACAAGUUUUAAAGGAGUAUAUAAACAAGGUGGACAAUCUUGCGACGUCGGAGAAAGAACGCAAAGAUCAAGAAGAAACAAAACAGGAUCAACCAUUAGUGUUUGGCAGUGAUCAGUUGAUGUUAACUGCUGGACCAAAUAUGGCAGCAGCACCAGCUCCAGGAAUGGUACCAGGAAUGGCUCCAGGCAUGAUGCCUCCUGGUGGCCCUAUGAUGUACACAGGAGGCUAUCCACAAGCUGCGACUGGUUUCCCCCAGCAAUAUUAGGACGAAAUUUUAAUGUGUAAUAAUAUUUAAUUUCUUUUAAACUUUUGCAAUUGCUCAGCCUUCCCUCUCUAAGUGUGUAAAAUUGUUCAGGUUUUUGUCUCAGUUUGAUUAAAAAUGUAAAAGUAACUUAGAGACAACUGGAUCAUAUCCUACACGAGAAAUUCAAUUUUUGUUACUCAAUAAUAAUUAUGCAUGCGUCGUAAUAAAUUAAUUCAACUCUCAA